AUGACCGGCACGCAAGCAAUUCCUGUCGUGGCAUGUGUCGCAGCCGUCCUUGCCGCGUAUAAUGAUAGCUCGAAAUUAUUCCAUGCGAUGAAGAAGAAAAGGCAUCGUCGCGGCCAGAACGCUGAGAAAAGUCUCUCGUCUUCUUUAGAACUCGGGCGAAUCGAGAUUCUGGCUCGUUGGAACAUGAACGCAGCCCAGCUGGGGAAAAGAUACGAGGAGGGAGACACCGCAAGCCAGGAGCAAAUCGAAGAGAUCAUGGUCAAGAUCCAGGGAAAGCUCCUCAGCCCCCUCCGGGCGUCUGUUCAGAAGAAUGUCAAUCUUGAUAUCAGCGCUGCUCUGCUAGCCUCCGACCUGGGACGCGCUCGCACGAUCUUUGUGCUCCAGGAACUCUAUCAUCGCAUCGCAGUGACCGUUUCGGCUCCCUUGCCUGUUUCCAAAGACUCUAUCCGCGUCAACCCUUCGUCGACCAUGGCUUGUUAUAUGAGAUACUACGAGGAACAGGGUUAUUUGGCCCACCCGAGCUCAAAUGGUUGGUCACUACCUCCUGGCCCUCCAGCCCUCAGAGUCUUGCGAGGCGCUUUACCGCCACCAAAUGGUAUCGCCGAACUGGAUAAUGAACCUGCCAGUACCCAUCCCGAGCAAAGGACUCCAGCGCUAGUGCACCCGUCUAGCCCGCUGUCGAAGAUACAUUCUCUCAAUGGCAGCAAGUCCUCCAUCAACUCUGCCACAGCAUCUCCGGGGCCACCACCGUACGAAAGUCUCCUCCAGAUCCCUGAUGGGUCAGACAUUCCUUAUAAACGGUACCGCCAACAGACCUUCGGGCUGGAUAUCACAAGAGGCCUGAGAGAUCUUCAAAUUGAUCCACGAAAAGAUGAAAAGCGAUCUGAUCCAAGCAGAAUAUUAGGCUACGACGCCAAGCUUCCUCGCGAGGCCGUUGGCCAAAGGCGAGGAAACCUUCCGGUGCAUCCAGCCGUGCGCGAGAACGUGCCGCCUUCACGGGAUCCAGCUGCCCCCAAUACGUCCCACACCUCCCUUGCCUGGAACAAGAUAGGCCCUCCCAUCCAUUCCAAAUUAUCCUUAGCCCGCACCGUCUCGCCCAUGGUCUAUAACAAGCCAUACUGGCCGCCCCGAAGGGAGAACAAAUACGCAGGCUUCUGCAAAGGCGCAUGGAAGCUAAGCUUCGGAACAGGCAGGCUCCUCUAUAAUAGCGAGCCUUAUGGGUUCUACGGGUACCGGCAGAGAUGGUGCUGUCCCUGCUGCUUCUUCAGUUCGCCGCCUGCGCCGCCGGUGCCCAAGAAAGAGGCCCGGGUCGACCGAACCGUCUACGUGCAUCCUGGAACGGGAAUCAAGUACCGUUGGAUAUUUCUUGCAAAGAGCCACAUGGCUAAGAAGGAAGGGUUGUCCCAAAGAAGUAGUGGAUUUGGCUGCAUUUUUUGCGUGGCAGAGCUCGGUGUGCCUGCGCCGAUUUCGGACUCGGUGGAGGACUUUAUGCAGCAUCUUGCGUCGCAUUGGAGGGUUGAUGCUGGAGGGAUGCUGGCUGAACUGACCAGGUUGGUUGUUGGACGGGUGGCGCAUGACGAUGAGGAUUUUGAGAUUAAUAUUGUUGCCCUAUAG